AUGGUCUUCUUCAUGGCAACCGAACGCGCUGUCCACUAUGGCACAGAAGUAUUGAGGGAUCAGGAACUUAUUGACUACAUGGCCGAACGCUCCUAUUUUCCAGGGUCCGAAAAGGAAAUGGACGAGGGUGUGGUGAAAAGAUUAGGCGAGGUCGCACGACGGUCGUUGCGCAGGGUGCGCUUCAAGCUGUGCGGAAUGGUCAAGUCAGAUCCUCCACUGGAUAUUUUCAGGAAAAAGUCUUUGGGACCAGACGAUCUACUGGACCUAUGCCGCCCGCUAUCCGAUCGCACCAAACAGAUACUCGAGAUCAACGAAGAAGAUCACGGCAAAGCUAUCAUGGUUUUCACAGUUGUCACGGUCAUAUUCUUACCCUUGUCGUUUGCGACAAGUUACUUUGGUAUGAACACAUCAGACAUACGAGACAUGGAUCAGACCCAAACUCUCUUCUGGAGCGUUGCAAUCCCACUGACCGUCCUGACUGUCGGCGGAUGUAUGCUCAUCGGAUACAACGGAGUUGAGUUACUAGACGGAAUCUCGUCGUUUCUCCGCAUGGUGUCAGGCAAGCAAAAGGAGAGUCCCGACGCCGGUGUAGGCGUCUCUCGCCGCAAACCUCCACCCAAUCUCCAAUUCGACACGACAAACACACAGGAGUUGACCAACCUUGACGAAGCCGAAUUCGCGAACCCGCGGCCAAGUGGAUGUGAUGAGACUAUGGAAGACAUACAAGCUAACAAAGACUACGCCUCUAUUCGCAAGAAGAUACCGGCUGCGAACUUCUCGCAUGAACGCAAUGGAUUGCCACCAUUGCCACCCCGAAUUGACAUUGUACCUGGCACUAUGGGGGCUGGCUGGGAUAAACAAGAUGCCUGGUACGAUAUGAAGGAGAAGGAAUUAUGGCAGCGCAACAGAAGAAGUCAUCGUAAGGUGGAUAACAACUACUACGAAAAUUACGGACGUUACUGA